AUGUCCAAUCAAGAUAAUAAAUCCAAUAAUUCCAAUAUGGAUGCCUCAAAAGAUAAAGGGAAAGCAAAAUCGAUUUCAUCAACCUUAAAUAACACUUCAAAUUUGCUUCGUGAAGCAUUAAAUCCUUCAAAUGGGACCAGUACAGCUAGCGCCUUAAAUUCUUUAUUACGACAAAAUAAUCAUCAAAAACUACAAAGUUCAUCAUCAACAACAUUAUUGCAACAAGGAGAAUGGCAGCAUAAUGUUUUUCAUUCGCAGGAUGAUGUAAAUAAUACUAAGAAUGAUUAUACAAAUAUUCAUAGUCAAGUAAACGAUAGUGGUGGGUUGGAUACCGAAUGGAAACAAUGGAACCUUGAUCCGUGUCCUUCGGCAAGGUCAAUAAAUUCUUCACAUAUAUAUCCAUUUCAUCAUCAUAAUCCUCAUAAAACCAAUUAUCAAGAUGAGAAUGAAAUUUUAGAAUUUUUAAAUUCAAAUAAUUAUACGGAACAAAUAUAUCAUGAAGAUUUAAGUCAAUUAACAUCAAAUCGACAAAAAGAUUAUAACUUUUUAGAAAAUUGUCGAGAAGAAUAUCAAGAAUCAAUUUUAAAAGAUAAUGUGAAUUCAAAGUUUAUUGAAGAAUUUUUAGAAUCUAAAGAUAUUCAUGAAUAUUUAUCAAAAAUUUCAUAUACGGACGAUAUCUAUGGUAUUCCAACAUUUUUAAAAGAAUUAAUUAAUGAAGCGAAAAACGAAUUAAAUAAUGAUGAUGAUAAUGAUAAAAAUUUAAAACAUCAAAUAACUGCUAUUGAAAGAUUAAAAAUGGAUGAAGAAAUCUCCGUGGAAUUAACCUUUUAUGAAAGGUGA